UACGGCGCCAAGACGCUUUGGCUACGGCCACGAAACAAAAGCUCUCCGUGGACGUAUCAAUUCUAUUGGCAAUAGCAAAUUUUCUCUUGUUACAAAUUGAAAUAGAUUAUCGUCAACGACAGGGUAAACUCUCGGCGCGUAGCGAGGAGACCUGAGAGAAGUGAGAACCUUUCCCCCCCCCUCUUCUCUCUCUCUCUCUGUGCGAAGCUUUCUCUCUCUAGAAAACCUCGAAAGUUCACUUUGCUUGCUCUGAUGGACCAUCGAUGUUGGGGGUUUGAUGAGUAGCAGCUGUAUCAAAGUUCUGGAAUCAUGUUUGGGCGUAUGCCGAGGAGGAGUAGUGAUAACACCAAGUAUUAUGAGGUUCUUGGUGUUUCCAAAAGUGCAAGUCAAGAAGAGCUCAAGAAAGCAUAUAGGAAAGCCGCCAUCAAGAAUCAUCCUGACAAAGGAGGGGACCCUGAAAAGUUCAAGGAGCUAGCUCAAGCUUAUGAAGUUCUCAAUGAUCCGGAGAAAAGAGAAAUCUAUGACCAGUAUGGUGAAGAUGCUCUAAAAGAAGGAAUGGGAGGAGGCGGCCCUUCACACAGUCCGUUUGAUAUUUUCGAAUCAUUUUUUGGAGGUGGCUUUGGUGGUGGUCCUAGCUCGCGAGGAAGAAGAAAGAAACAAGGUGAAGAUGUGGUUCAUACCUUAAAGGUUUCUUUGGAGGACUUGUACAAUGGUACAACAAAGAAGCUCUCUUUGUCAAGGAACAUUUUGUGCCCAAAAUGUAAAGGGAAAGGUUGUAAGAGUGGAACAGCUGGAAAAUGUUAUGGAUGUCAUGGUACUGGAGUGAAGGUUACAUCACGUCAGAUUGGUCUGGGCAUGAUCCAGCGGAUGCAACAUGUCUGUCCAGAAUGUGCAGGCUCUGGUGAAAUCAUCAGCGAGAGGGAUAGAUGCACACAGUGUAAAGGAAACAAGGUUACCCAGGAAAAGAAGGUACUGGAGGUGCAUGUGGAGAAAGGGAUGCAGAAUAACCAGAAGAUUGUGUUUGAGGGGCAAGCGGAUGAAGCCCCCGAUACUAUCACAGGAGAUAUCGUUUUUAUCUUGCAACUGAAGGAGCAUCCUAGGUUUAAGAGGAAGUAUGAUGAUCUUUAUGUAGAACACACUCUCAGCUUAACUGAGGCUCUUUGUGGUUUUCAAUUUGCCCUAAAUCAUCUUGAUGGAAGGCAGCUCCUCAUUAAAUCAAAUCCUGGAGAAAUCAUCAAGCCUGAUCAAUACAAAGCAAUCAACGAUGAGGGGAUGCCUCAUCACCAGCGGCCUUUCAUGAAGGGCCGACUAUACAUCCAUUUCAAUGUGGUAUUCCCAGACGCAGGUGUUCUAUCUCCGGACCAAUGCCGAACUUUGGAGAAGAUACUUCCUCCCAGGCCAAGUAAGUGUUUAACCGACAUGGAAGUGGACGAUUGCGAGGAGACCACCUUGCACGACGUCAAUAUUGAGGAGGAGAUGAGGAGGAAGCAGCAACAGCAGUACCAGGAGGCAUACGACGAAGAUGAUGACGAGUCAUCCAUGCCGCGUGUUCAGUGUGCUCAACAGUAGAAUGAUCUGCGAUUGCCAUUUCCGUGGCUUAAUAUUUAAGAUUAUUUUUAUAGCUCUCUUAAUUUUUGUCCUUGUUUUAUGUUAUUCAUUUGUACUUGUUACUGAUUACAAACUUUCCGGUCUUAAUUAAAGACGAUAUUGUAAGUCCCGCUGUCUUCUUUUUGCUGUACUGUUUCAAUGCUUGAUGACCUUGUAAAAAAAAGGAAUGGUUUGUACUCAAAGGGGACUACAUACGACAUUGUAUGUCUUACCAAACUAUGUCGCUUGAGUCUGCCAAUUUGAAUUAAA